UUUGAUUUCACUUUAAUUAAAAUUAUUUAAUUGAGAUUUUAAAAUUGAAUCAUGAAAUGGAACCAAAAUAUACACACACAUACGAAUUACGGAAUACACCGCGGUUGAAUAGAAUGGUCUUAAAUUGCUUAAAAUAAAAUUAAUGCGUAGGUGCGAUUCGUAUUGCACUUUAUCUUAAUUAUUCUGGUUUUUUUUUAUGGUAAAUACCGCGAGAAAAUUCGCUGCUCUGGUUAAUUGUUGUUAUUGUUGUUGAAAUUGCCAAGAGCUACAAUUACAAUUGCAGGAGGAAGUAACUUGGAUUUCUUUCUACGUAUAAAAGUAAAGUGCAACCGUUUUUAGUCUUUUAUUUCGGUUUUGGAUUGAAGCGCAAAGGUUUGGAGGCGGUUGAGCAUUGAAGCAAGCCAAGUGUGGCAAACGAGUUAUUGUUCAGGAGAUGUUUUGUACAUUUCGAACAAUUAUUUGAAAAAUAAAAACAAAAUAAUUUAUUUGAACAUUCGAAAUUAGGAAUUCGAAGUGUUGGUCGAUAAGAGCUGUUUUAUUUUGCCAUAAGUGGAAAGUGUACAGAUACGAUCAGUGUGUUUCUCUUGAAAAAAUACAACGACAUAUACACUAAAUUAUGGAUAUCAUCCGGCAAAUGCUAAUAUUUCUGCUUUCGAUGUUGCCUUUUGCUACGGGAACAUUUUUCCCAUUCACAUCGUGGCGUACACCUUCGUUCGGGCCUCAAAGAUCCUAUGGAUAUCGAUCACAGCGUUCUUCGCCAAACAAUAAUCUCAUACCGAUACAGUCACCAAUUUUGGGCUUACGCGUUCUUGUUCCACGCGAUCUUUUGAAUUUAUUCAACGUUAGACCACCAUUUGGACAAGAGCCAAACUAUCCGCGUCCGAAUUCAUUCAAUCCAUUUAAUAUUAAUCCAUUCACUUCACAUCCAAAUUAUCCGCACGAGCAUCGACCAAAUGGAUUUCCACAACCAUUUACACCGAAUUACUUUCCGCAGAAUUACGCACCACCGAAUUACUCGCCACACACGCCAUUUGAUGCCGGUUCUUUCAUCAAUUUUAUGCGUGCACUGUACCCGGAUAUGAUAUACAGACCCGAUCCACGAUAUCCAAAUGUGUUUGCUAUUCGACUCCCUCCGAAUCAUACGCAUUCACCAGACUCACAAUCAUCACCGCCUCCCGAAUUUGAUCAAGAACCAAGUCGUUUCUUUCCCGAAGAAAAUCCACCAAAUGUAAACGAGUUUUUGGAACCACCGCCAAAUGUAUCACACACUCAUUCACCACCAUACAAUCAACCGCAGCACAACCAACAACCGCAAAACCAUUUAAUAAUCAUACGUUAAUCUAUUGUUAUACCUCAACAGUUACCAAAUACACAGAUAAAGUUAUGCAGAAGAGAAUUUUUGGCAUUUUUCU